AUGGAUCUGAGUCUUGUGAUGGAGAAUGAUAAAACACUGUGUAUGGAAGUGGGGUUCUUUGACUCUUUUCAAGAAAUCAAAGAAAAGAUAGAGAAGUUCACGGGCAUUCCCACUUACAGGCAAACGCUACUCUUCAACGGCCAAGUUCUUCGAAACGAGGCCAUCAUCUUCAACACCGACAUCAGUGAAGCCUCUCGCGUUCAUUUCCUUCUUGAUGCGGAUUUCGGCAACCACCAUGACGAGAUUACGGACAUGCACAUACCAAGCGGAGAGGAGUUAGAAGAGUUGAUGCGGUGGAAUCCAGACGGGAGCGUGACACCGAUGACGGUCACAGAGAACGCGUUGCCGCCGCGGAAUCCAGAGUUUACACCGUCUCCGCCACCACCGCUGCAUGAAACAGAAAUUACACCGGGAGGAUCUGUUUCUGAUGAACGGAGCCCUAAAGAAUAG